AUGCUGACACCUCCCACGGACUAUGGGUACGCGCCCUCGCCUGCAAAUGCCAUGGGCUAUGAACAGCAUCAUGUGCAAAGUGGUGAACGUCCCAAGCUUUUUAUGCAACCACCUGUUCUUAAUGAGUAUAAUUACAUGGUACAUCAAGGUACAUCUCAGCACGCUAUGACACCGCAACACGCUGGUAUGACACCGCAACACGCUGGUAUGACACCACAACAUGCUGCUAUGACUUCGAAAUAUGAGUCCGAGCCACUUUUGAUGAACGUUCAGAACACGAGUCACUAUUAUCCACCCCCACAAAUUAGCACACAAAUGCUGCACGUAUCGUCGGAUUACGAAUAUGCCAAUGGCAAUGUGGUCACACCAUCCAGUACACGCAGUAAUUCGAAACGGUCGCGAGAAGAUUUGAAUUUGAAAGAGAAGAAGCGGAUGUUUAAGCUCAAUGAUCGGAUUAAUCAACUCAAAGAUAUGCUGGAUGAGGCUGGUGUACAGACAAAGAAGAACAAACAGUCUAUUCUAGACAAUGCUGCUCAUUAUAUUGAGAUGCUACGUAGCAACUUGCUUAUUGCCAAGCAAAAGGCUGAACGGGCGGAAAAGCAAGCGGAAGCCUUUCGUACACAGGCACAGAAGUCGUCUUCGGGUGCUGAUAAAGUUUUUCGGGGGAUGUUUCAGAAGACUACGACGCCACGAGUUGUAGUGGACAUGAACAUGCAGACUGUCACGUUUAACAAUGCGUUUGUGAAGCACACGGGCAAGCCAGAGUCGAUGCUAAAAAGCCAAAACACUUUAGAGCAAUACUUGUGUGCAGACCAGAAUACGUUAAACAGGAUCAUGAAGAAGGUUUGUGAAACGAAUCAGUCGAUUGGUGCAUUGGUGAAGACGCCCACUGUAGGAGGUAAGACAGCGACUGUUAAUUUAGUGGCGGCAGUUAUCACCGACGAUGGUGGGAAGGCGACGAACGUCGAGUUUAGUCUCUUUCCUCUCGAGACAUCGCAGCACGUGGCAAUGUUAAAGCGAGAAAGUCAUGGAGUAAGUCAUGACGAUGCCGAGACAUCCGCGGAAGAGUCGGUGACUGAUGGUGAGACGAAGGACAAUUUACAGCUAUGA